AUAAUUUCAGAGGAUCACUUUUUUUUUUUGUUUUAAAUAAGCAGAGGAUCACUUUAAAAAACAAUAUUAUUUUCUACAUCACAUCUUUUGUCUAACAUCUUCAAAUUAAAGAUGUUGUUUUUUAAGGUUUGACUUUUGUGUUUGGGGUUUAAUUUCCAACUGUAUAUAAACCGCCUCAAACAUCUGUCCCAUGCACUGUAUUUUCAGAGAGAGAGAGAGAGAGAGAGAGAGAGAGAGAGAGAGAGAGUAGAGAGAGAGAGAGAGAAUGAGAGGGAAUAAAAAUGAAGUGAGAUUGAACAAUGGAGUAGACAUACCAAUAAUUGGUUUGGGAACCUACUCUUUUGAAAACGAUAUGAGAACUACUCAGUAUGCUGUCCAAAUGGCCCUUCAGAUGGGAUACAAACACUUUGACACUGCACACAUAUACGGCUCCGAGCCUGCGUUGGGGAACGCUUUGUGUGCUGCAAUGUCAAACGGCCUAAUCGAAAGAGAAUCCCUUUUUAUUACAUCUAAACUGUGGGGUAGCCAUCACCAUGACCCUGUUUCUGCUCUUAAACAAACUCUAAUGAAUCUUGGGAUGGAAUAUCUGGACAUGUAUUUGGUGCACUGGCCGGUGAAGUUGAAGCCAUGGGUGAGCCAUCCUUUGCCGAAAGAAGAAGAUUUCGAUAAACUAGACCUGGAGACGACGUGGGCUGGUAUGGAAAAAUGUCUGGAAAUGGGAUUGUGUAGAGGCAUUGGAGUCAGCAAUUUUUCUUCUAAAAAGAUUGAAAAUCUCUUGACUUUUGCUUCAGUUACUCCUGCUCUCAAUCAGGUGGAAAUGCACCCAAUGUGGAAGCAGAAGAAGGUGAGGGAUUAUUGCAGGGAAAACAAGAUUCAUGUGAGUGCAUAUUCAGCACUUGGUGGACCUGGAAAUUUCUGGGGUUCAACAGCUGUUCUUGAUAAUCCUAUUAUUCACUCCAUUUCUCUCAGACACAAUGCUACUCCAGCUCAGGUUGCUCUGAGAUGGGGAUUGUCGAGGGGGGCAAGCGUAAUCGUGAAGAGCUUCAAUGAAGAAAGGUUGAAGGAGAACAUGGGGGCACUUGAUCUGAAAUUGGAAGACAGAGAUAUACUCGAAAUCGAAAAGAUGGAAGAAUCUAAAAUCAUGAGAGGGGAAUGCUAUGUUAAUCAGUCAACAAGUCCUUACAAGACCAUUCAAGAACUAUGGGAUGACGAGAUUUAA